GUGAGUAGAUUUAAAAUUUGAAAUUUUUGAGGUUAUGAUGACAAUAACAAAUAAACAUUGAUUUUUCUUAGGUUUCAUUGUAAUGAAGAGAAUCUCGAUCUUAUUUUAAUUUCAAUAUGAUUAAUUAGUUUUCGUUUCAUAACUAUAAAAAGAUGGCAAGACCUAUAAGUGCUGAUAUUGGGGAAGGUGUCAAGGAAUUAAUAAAGCAAAUAUCUGGCUUUGAAGAGGGCUCUGAACCAUUUAUCCAUGUACAAAAAUACUUUCUAACUAAACUGAAAAAUUCUGAUACAAUGUAUUUUCUCAAUAAACGUGAUGUAGAUCGAAUUAUGUCUGGGAUGGCAGAAAAAUUCAAUUUUCAUGGAUUUUUCAACCAAGCAAAAGCAUUACAAGAUGCAUAUGACAAUUAUAUUCCGCCUGAUUUGCCAAAGGAUUUUCUUUCAAAUCGUCUAAACAUUGUAAAAUUUCUCCUUUGCAUGUCGGAGAAACCAACCAGUAAAUUCCUCGAAAAACCUGAGGAAUAUGAAAUGAAGCCAGAAGAGGAGGAAGAAGAAGUAAAUUGGGCAGAGUACCUUAAAGAAGGCAUUGAAAAUUGGGCCCCAGAUUUCGAUGAGAGCAGUGAAUACUCAGAGGAUUCUUCAGUUGGUGAUAUUUUCAACGAGUUGGGAGAUGAAUGUUCCAGUUCUACACAUACACCUCAACUCAUAACGAGUACCGAGAAAGAUGUCAUUGUGAAUUUGAGAGCAAAUAGAGAAGAACUGCUGAAUACAAUCCAACAUUCUUGGUAUAAUCAGGACCAUUUUCACGAAGCUCCUUUCAGCGAAUUGAAGGAAGCCAAUGUGGGAAUAAACUGGGAAAAUUUCCUUGAGAAGCAAGUAAUGGGACUCAUAGUUAUGCCGAAGGUUUCUGUAAUUUCAGAAUACAAAGUUAUACGAGAAGUUUUGUGGCAGUUAUGGACUCCCCACACGUCUGCCGUUUUUGAAUUUGAAGGAAACACUCUCAAGCCCAGGGAAAAUGUUACAAUAUCUAGUACACGUUCAAUGACUUUGGAAAGUUUCCUGCAGAAUCAGUUCAUUCCUUUCAUAGAAUUGACAGAGUUUUUUCGAGACUUUUCCAAAUCUUUGGACGUCAAGUCUGAUGAUUACAUCAUGUCAGUUCCCCAAACUUUCAGGAGCUACAAUAAUUCGCUACUGAAUAUUAUCAGGCCUAUUUAUGUGGAAUUAUCAAAUCUGGAGGACAGAAUCCGAGAACAAGAAUCUACUUAUACUUUGCUGAAUCUCGCUAGAGACUUGGAAGAAAUUUUGGAACCCAUGUUUCUGCUAAAAAAAAUACACAACCACAUUGUGAUCGAUUUCAAAAGAAACAGUCAUUUGACUUGUGCAUCAACUCUCUUAGCACGUCUUCACGACAGCAUAGAACAUUCGGAAAGCAAAUUGGAUCAGGAUUUGAGACUGGCUCUGUACCUAGGAAGCUUAUAUCACUACUUCAGCUUGAUUGAUUCGUGGUUGAUGAAGAAUGAUCUUACUGAUUACUCGUGCGAAUUUUUGAUCAACAAUAAAACAGUCAUUUUGAAAUUCUUUGAACAACACAUUUUCUCAUUAAACCUUUANGAUAUAUGUAAACUAAAUUUUGAUCUGUAUGAAGAAUUGGACAAGACUUCCAAAGAGAAUGGUGUGAUGAAAAUCAUCAGAGAUAUGGUCCUGCAAAUCGGUCGGAAUUUGCAUCUACUCCGAUUGCUAGGAAAGUUUUCCUUUAUCAAUGAGUCGAAAGAAACUAUUCAUGAGGAAUUUGUUAGGAAAACUCUGGAGGGACUUUGUAAAUUCUUCGAUGUUGAUACAAAACCAUUCAUAACAAUACAAACUGCUGGAGAUUCAUUAUCAGAUGAUGAUGAUAAUGAAAUGAAAUACAAAUAUCCCGUGGUGUGCACAGAAGAUUGUAAGAAACCUACUGAAAUGGACAAACUUGAGAACCUCGUUGACACAACUGAUGGGUUUUUGAUGUAUGCUUUUGAGGACUAUUUCAUUGAACAGCCAAAGAAAAUACAACCACUGCAAUUGACACUCUAUGAGAAGAUAUCUAGAAUAACAACUACAUUUUUUCCAAUAUCAAAUUUCUUUGAGAACAUAUUGAGUGGCAUUUUGAAAGAGCGGUUCACAGUGUCCGGUCUAAUGGUGAAAAAUAUGCUGAUUGAACAGUACUUUCUGGAAAAGCAGUUUCAGUUCCUGAGGCACAUGUUCUUAUUUUUUGAUAAUAUGAUAUUUCCGUUUUACAUGCGCCUUUUCAAAAAAACCAAUUCAUGCAGCAAAAAUUGGGGAAACGACAUUUGGUUAACGUCCCAUCUCCAAGACAUUAUUAUGGACGCCUAUCCCGAAUUCUAUGAUAAAUGUGCUGUUCAAGUUGGGAAGAAUUGGAGAGUUUGUUCUGAUUCGUCAGAAGCAUGUGAUAUGACAAGUUUGGUUUAUGAAAUUCAGUGGCCUUUGAAUAUCAUCAUUAGUCCCAUACAUAUGGCUUUGUACAAAGAACUAUUUCAUUUUAUCCUGAAGAUAAAAUGGGGACUGUAUACCUUGAAUCAUCUUGUAUUUACAGACUUGGAACCCAGAAAAAAAACUUGUCAGAAGGACAAACCCAAAUCACACAAAUCCACAAUAAUGAAACUGAAAUUUCUUAAAUUCGGUCUAACCAAUCUGUUAACUAGCAUCCAGCACUACAUUUUUUCAUUCAUAUUUUCAAAAUGUUUACAGAAAUUUGAACUUGAUUUUGAAAAAGCCAAUGAUUUGUCCUCUGUAAUGGCCUCGCAUUCAGAAUUCAUAAACUUUCUACAUUACUGCUGUUACAAGCUGUGUCCGAGUUUUGAAAACCAUGUGGAAUAA